ACGCAGCUGGUGCCGGUGAGUGUGAAGCGCUGACAAGACGCUGGUGGAGAGGAGCCGACGGCGCACGAAGCUCAGUGAGGUGUGUCUGCUUCAGCGAGCAUAACACUGGAUUACCAUCUCAGUGAGGGCUCUCCACAAGAGGGCAGCAUAAGACCAAGCUCAACUCCCAUACCAUCGGGUCCUCAAUCAGUCUGUGCCGUCAAGAUCACUCCCUUGGCAACCAUGAAAGGCUCUCCUGACCUGAUUCCUGCUGCAGAUUUGGACCCCAGCAGAGUGUGUAAAGGGAAAGGAGUUGUGACUCUGAGGGCCACCCUUGUUCACAUUGAUGAUGAGGGCCUCAUCAGCAAAGAGCCAAAUGUCAUCACAACGACAAGCGGCUGGACACACCAGAUUAAUGGAGACAGCUCUAAAGCAGGAUUGGCUGAAGGAGGCAGCCACACCACAGCGGAUUUACCUCCUGUAAACAACAGUCAGUGCCAGUCCAAUUCAGCAGAAAGUGUAAAAGAAAACCAGUGUCCAUCCUUCAGUGACAUUCCCCAGACAACCAUAUCAACAUCCAGCUCUGUGUAUCCCUGCACCAGUUCAGUUAACCCCACCAUCGUUCUGCUGCAACACAACAGAGACCCAUCACCAGAAAGGGACAAAAGUCCUGAUCCUGGAAGAGACUCAGUCAGUCCAGUCCCUGAUAUGGACUGGAAGAGGCUGCGGCUGUCACUGCACUCUCCUGUCCUGAAUCCUCUAAACAAGCCCGUUGUUCCUGUACGGAACACUGAAAAGUCCAAAGACUGGUACAAGACAAUGUUCAAACAAAUACACAGGAUACCUGAGCCUAUUGAGGAAAACCCUUACCGUCCCACAUACAUUUUCCCUGAGAAAAAAGACAGUCAGAUGAGAUCAAAAGAUGAUGGUCCCAGCCCCUAUGGUUACUUAAAAGAUGUAAAAUCCGUCCCACGCUCAAAAAGUGACAUCGAAGUUGAUUCAAGAGGCCGGUCGAUGCCUGUGCCAACAAGAUCCUCUUCCCUUAAACCUUCUGCCAAAAGAAACGAGUGGGAGCCUCCAGAUAAAAAGGUAGACACCAGGAGGUAUCGCGCCGAGCCCAAGAGCAUCUUUGAGUAUGAGCCGGGGAAAUCGUCUGUGCUGAAGCUGGAGAGAACAAGUUCCCCCUCUUUCAGCCCCCUGGAAACAGCCUCCGACCUGCAGCAGUACUCCUCGAGCAAGUCUGGACGCAGCGAGGUGGAUGGAUCAUCUACAAGCGAUUCUGGGGCUCCAGAAUGUGACCGCCAUGUUUACAAGAGUGUCCUGGAGGGUGGCGACAUUCCCUUACAAGGUCUAAGGGCUUUAAACAAGCGUCCUGGCAGCUCCUCUUCAUCUAAAGUGGAUCAUAAAGGUGGGAAUGGCUACAUAAUUUCACCCUGCUCCUCUGUAAAUAGUAGGUCAGUUCUUGCCAGUAAUGCAAUAGGUAACCAGUGUAAAAGUAUGACACCUCUAUCUGCUGCCAAAGCCUGCAUACCCCAAAUUCUGCCCUCAAAGUUCAAGCCCAAGCUGCUGCCACCCAGUGGUGACAGUCAGGAAAGUAGGACUGCAUCUGUCAGGCACCCAAAGGCCCACAGCUGUGAGGAUCUGUACACUGGGCAAUAUAUCACAGACUGUGUUGGAUCGGAAGAAAGGGAUGGUGGACACCUUUUGGACUCUAUGUCCUGUGUUACUGGGUGUGCAAAUGUUUCCCACUCAAUUAGGAGAAGUGCAUCAGAGUUUUCCAGCCUUUAUAGAUCCAUGCAUUACAUCCAGCAGCCCAGCUCAACUGGCUGCAGCCCCCAGGGCAGUGUCCGCAGCCUUACCUCUCUUUUUGAGAAGGCAAAGGCAGAGAGGGGUGAAAGGUCAGAAGCAGAUGGCGGGGGUAACAUUCCGCGGGAUUCAGUGUCGUCACGGGUCAGUGAGUUUGAAAUGAUCAUCCAGCAGUCAAGCCCGGCACCCUGCCGCUCCUCCUCUCUGCCCACCCUGCACUCCAGCCACAACCACAACCCUGUCCACUUUUACAUGGUGUCUGCAGUGUCAGCGGAGUCUCUUUUGGCGGCAGACAACACCCAGACAGUCGCCUGCUCCCCAGUGGAGGCAGAGGGCUCUGUGGAGGAGGCUGCACCCUCCUCACUGGAUGUACACAAUUUAAGGACUGAGUCCCCAUUUAACACUGAGACUGAGGUUGAGCAGAUCUUCAGUAAAAGUUCUCUAGAGCAUAUUGGCCAAAAUAUUAGUGGAUCUACUAGUCCGUCAGCACUGCUUGCAGAAUCCCCUCAGCAACACAACUACAUCCACCACCACCACCACCACCUACUGGACCACCUGAAUCAUCAACUCCUGCUCAAACCCAGCAAAUGCAAAGGCCCUUGCCCAGCCUCCUACACCCGCUUCACCACCAUCCUCAGGCAUGAGAGGCAGCAAGCCAUGACACAACAAGAGAGGCCUCGACCUUUGGAGAAGAGGACAACGCUGCCUGGUAACCUCUUCCUCAUGGGCCCUGCUCCCUUUAAGUUACGCAAGAACUUGCAGUCCCACCAAACUCGGAAGACUCUUGCCACCAAAGUGCCAAUGGGUGUCCAGAGGCCUUCUACUUUGUCUCCUGAGCUCAGACCUUUGAUCCCUCAGCGCCUGUCCUCCCUGGAGGUCCUGGACAGGCUGAAUAGCACAGAGGGAAGCAACACUGACCAACUGAGUAACGGGCACGGCUUGGACACCAACGGGAACCUACUGCAGCUGCUGGCAUCUCACCGCAGAGACUUGUCACCAACUCCAGGGGAAAGCCAAGAUGAAGUAUUGCGAAGGCGACAUGGGGACAAGGAGAAAAUCUUGGAGGAGCAGCGGAGACUGAAGCGGGAACAGGAAGAGGCUGACACAGCAUCGAGGCGACAUACAGGCAUUGUCCCAACACACCACCAGUUCAUCACCAACGAGCGCUUUGGAGACCUGCUCAACAUCACAGAUAACACAGAGAAGAGGAAAUCAGGCAUAGAGAGAACUCCAGCCAUGGCUCGCUUUGACUUCAGAGCUGAAAGUUUAAAGGAAUUACCAUUUCAAAAGGGAGACAUUGUAUACAUCAUUCGACAGGUGGAUCAAAACUGGUAUGAAGGAGAACAUCAUGGACGAGUUGGAAUUUUCCCUCAAAACUAUGUUGAGCUGCUUCCUCCCACAGAGAAAGCCCAACCAAAGAAAAUUGUUCCAGUUCAGGUGCUGGAAUAUGGAGAGGCUGCCGCCCGCUUCAACUUUACAGGGGACACAGUGGUGGAAAUGUCCUUCAGAAAGGGAGAAAGGAUAACACUGAUUCGCAGAGUUGAUGAAAACUGGUAUGAAGGCAAAAUAUCCGGCACCAACCGCCAAGGCAUCUUCCCGGUCACUUACGUAGAAGUACACAGAAGACCCCGUGUCAAAAAUGGGUUGGAGUAUCCUGACCCUCCUGUUAGCCAAUCACCACAGCGUAGCACCAAUGCUUCUCCUCAGCUGUAUCGUAAUCAUCUUACCACCUCCCCUCUGCCCCUCCCUCGCUCCCCUCGUCGCUCCGUGUCCCCUGAGGUCCAUGCUGUGUCCUCAGAGUGGAUCUCCCUGACUGUGGGAGGAGGGAGCCCUCCAGCUGCUCCCACCCCUCCCCUGCCACCGCUGCCCAGUGUUUCCUACCGAUGUGGCGAGUACCUGCCCCCACCCUUUUCUGCCAGCCCUGUUCCUCCAAUCACUGGCAGUCCUUACUGCAUCUCCCCCAUGGCUUCCCCAGCUGCCUCCCCUCUUCCUCCACCUUACCCACCAAGACCCAGCUCAACCACUCCUUUUGUUACAUUCACCCCACCUCAGGGGGAGGACUUCAUGCUCUUCCCUGCCUCCCCCCAUCUGUCACGCAGCAUGAGUCCCUGUGGAGGGCCUGUGUUGGAGGGCUGGCUGAGGGGGGAGAAGGAGUUGACUGAGGGGGAAGGUGCAGAGGGGGACAUUGGUCGCUCAACCCCAGGCAGCAGGCGACAUAGCCCUGCAGAGUUUGUGAGAAUGGAGGCUGACCAUCGUGGACAGUGCUCCAGAAGCCCUGUGAUGCUGUAUGACAUCCAAGAUAACAACAAUGCUAACUCAUUUGCGGAGGCAGUGUGUAAUGAGAUCUUGAAUAUAGCUGAGACCUCAGUGAGGUACUGCAGCACCCUGCCCCACCACCCUCAUGACUCUGUUCACGGACUGCACCCCCAUCCCAGUAAACAAUCUCUCAUCAUUUCCCAGCAACCCCAUUCCCACAAUAGCAGCCCAGAGCCGAGCCGUCUGAAUUGUGGAAUUUUCCAGGCUCUGUACAGCUACGUGCCGCAGAAUGAGGAUGAGUUAGAGCUGCAGGAGGGUGAUCUCGUCAGCGUCAUGGAGAAGUGUGAUGACGGCUGGUUCGUUGGUACAUCAAAGAGGACAAAGCAGUUUGGGACUUUCCCUGGGAAUUACGUGAAGGAGGUGAAACUGUAGGGAUAUCUCAUCUGACUGUAACACAUGGAUGCCUGUCAAGCUUGGGAAAUCAAUACUAUCACGCAUGACUAUUGGUUAGUAUUGUAUUUUAGCAAGGCAAAUCCUAUUUGUCUCGGAAAGUGAUUGGUUUGGCCAGAGAUAUGUCAAACUGCUGUAGGCGGGGAUAAAGACAGUUUAAUGCUGAGACCUUGGUAUUGUGUACGCAUUUUCAACAGAUAUAUUUCAUCUUGUCAGAUGGAAUUCUUUCAUAAAAACAUACCCCAAUCAAGAUUUUAGUGAUAGUAAAUAGUUUAAUAUAAAUUGUUAUCUAUUCUAUCCAUUACAUUUUUGGCACAGAAGUAUUUACUUAGCAACUCAGUGUGGAGGCUGGCAGGCUACAGCAGAGCAGUACAUGGAGAAAAGAGUGGAUCUUGUUACCUGAAGUGGACAUGGGGGGAUUCAGAAGGAUUUUUUAUUGGAUUUUGGUUUGUACCUGUUUGUCAUAAGCUACCUUUCAGGACCCACAGGUGUUUAUCAGAGUUAGAUUUUCAGUCUCUUAGAUGUUGCUUCCUAAAUAAAUCCUUUAGUGUUUGACCAGACAUACCAUUCAUGUAUGAUGAAAUGUGGUGAGACAUUCGUGGACUCUCCAUCAGAAAAUGUCUGCAGUAUAGAUUUGAGAAAUAUGUGUUAAAAUACUUAAAGCCUUUUGUAUGACGCUUAUUUACAAAGUGGUCUGACAAACCUGUUUUACAUUUUCUGACUCAUAUUUUAUCUUAAAGACAGUAUUACAAAUGUUCACAACCUAGCCUCACAACCCCAAAAGCUUUGGAUAAAGGUUCAGAAUUCCCUUCAACAACCUUUGUCAAGUGCAUCACAAAACACACAAAAAACUAAAGAGUGCAGUGGCUACCAGAAUAAACACAAAUACAGGACACACAUUUAUAAAAGUGAAGAGAAACUCUAUGCCUAUACUAUGUUCUAGAAACCAUGUAAAAGUAUUCUGACAAUAAAGUGGCCUUUUUUUAUUAAUGGCUGGUACCUGUAAGCUAACUGGUUUAAGCCUGGCUCCACAGGACAGGCGUGGUGAGACUUGACUUCCUGUUUGAUCAUUUAAUGGUAUCUCAACUAACAUGAUAAUAAUAGAUUCAUCAGUGAUGAUACAAAAAGCUUUUUUAAUCAUUUUUGGAGAGCAUAAUGAGAUUAAAACCACACUAUUCAUGACAACAUUUUAUGUUAUAUUGUAGGCAUGUGAAUAGAAAACUUUAAGAGGCCUUCCGAAUAUGGCAACAUAUUUAAUGUAAAGUGAAUCCAAAUUGGGUAACAUAGUGAACAUAUUGAUUUUAAUAAUAAGGUAAGCAUGUAUACAGCACACAUUAAAAAUUAUAAAAUCAAUAAAAGAUCAAAUCAAAUCAGAGCCUUUAACAGCUUCCUUAUGUCAAGUCAAUUUAAAAACUUCCAUCAAAGCAUUAGAGCUAUCUUCCUACAAGACAGAAGCUCCCACUUUGCACAGACCUGUUAGUUGAUAGUAACCUAACCCCUAACCCUCUGCAUACAGAAAGAUGAUAGCUAAUGUUUUCUUUUUUUUCUUUCAUUGAAUUAUUUUUCAUUGGCUUCAUCAUCUGUUGCACUGUUCUCAUACAUAAUAGCUAGGUGUCAAUUAAGACCUGCAAAUAGUUCAAGUCACCUGUUAUGACCUGAUUGAGGUUCUGAUGCUUCAGAAGUCCUUUUAUUCAAUCCAAACAUUUCUAAUCAAAUGGUUCCAGAUGGGUCUACCUUUUAGUGUAAUGCUCUCUCAUUGCCAGAGUACACAAAAUUAGAAACACAAUGUGAAGGAUUGAAAGAUAAAACAGGAAACUAGGAAAAGUGUAUGUUUACUAAAGUUUUUUUUCUGAAAUUGCUAGCUAAAGUUGUGCAGUGAUGAUGAACAUUGUUAUUAACUGAACUCGGUUCGAAAAUGAAUGUGGCUACCACAUAAGUAAUAUAUGAAGUUUCAUGAUUGAUAAAGUAUAUUACUUUAACAAUAUUGAGGCGCUUAUUGAGUAGUGUGAUGCUUUUUUUGUUAGCUUUUGAGUCAAAAUUGUUGUUUCCCCAUGUGGAAAUCACCACUGACAGUCUUUCCAAUACAGCAUGGGAAUGUUUUCUCACGAUAAAAAAUUACGAUAAUACACUUAUAGGUUUGCCUUUAUAACGUGGUGUUAUAGUCAGGUGUUUUGUCACACUAAAAAAGAAUGUUUCCUCAUCUACCAGUGGCUAGACAUUUUUGUUUCUUUGUACGUCCAGCACCUCAUGGUUGAGAGACAAGGUGUUUAUUGCCUGACAGAAAUGGUUAACUUAAUAUCCAACACACUAUAUGAUGACAAAUAAACACAUCACAAAUCACCAAUUCAGCCAUAAAACAUUUAACUUCAGUAUGUGGUCCAUAAAACAUCACAGGAUGUAUGAAUGUAUUAAUAUGUGAUUAGCGCACAAACAAUAUGAAAUAAAUGGCAUAUUUUUCACUUUGGGUGAAUACAUAGACCAUUGUGCAGCUUGGCACAAGAAGGAUUGUAAAUAUGUAAAAUAAAAAAUAGACUAUGGAAGAUGGGAGGAACAGCACAGAGUGCAGCAUAUGAGCACAGAAAGUUUGACACACAUGAACAUUACGCUGCCAUUUGUGAGCAUCAAAAUGCCUUAUGUUAGAUGAAAAAUUGUGCCUCAUUUUUCCUUUUUUUCUCCCCCUUUUUUGGGGGGGGGAGGGGGGGUCACUGAAAUGUGUUUAUUACAUAUUUAAUGUAACCAUGGUUUACCAUUGGUUCUUGUCUUUGUAAUGGGAGAACAAUUUCCUUGCAAGUACUUAUAAGUGUGACACAAUGCUUUAACACAAAGAUUAAUAAAUAACGAAAAGAAUGGUCAAGUUUCAUGAGACACACAACUGCAACAGUUUUGGUUUGUUGACUUCAAUUUGCAGUGCUGUUACAUUGAAAAUACCUAAAGUUACUAUACUGCUGUAACUUCAGUAUUAUGCAAUAUUUAAUAAAUCAUUGAAAACAU